UUUCCUGUAAAUGUACUGUAUUUUAACAGAAAGGCUUUCUUCAUUGUUCGCUUGAGCACAGUAACCUUUGAGGACAAUGAUGCAGUGCAUUGGAAGCGGGGAGUCCCAGAUCCCAGAUUAUUUCCCAGAAGAUUCCCAAACUGACAGUGUCAUUCAGAGUGGAUACCUAGCUCUCCAUUUCGCUGCAAAGACUCAACAAGAUUUUUUUUUUACCUAAGGACUGGAGCACAGGUCGUGUGCUGGAAGACACAGCCAUCCCAAUGAGAGCGGACAUCCUGACUCAGUGUGUCCAGAGUCAACAAUGGAGACUACCCAAAGAGGGCGCAAAGUUUAUUAACUUACUUAUGCUGGCUCGAAAGGACACACCCUCUUCCAUUCACCUCGGCUUGCCGACUGUUGAGACCUCUUCCUGCAGCCGACAGCACCCUCUAACAAGUUGUGGAGAUGAGCUAUCCAGGUUACCCUCCACAGUCAGGUGGCUACCCGCCCCAAGCUGGAGGUUACCCGCCCCAAGCUGGAGGUUACCCGCCCCAGGCCGGGGGAUACCCACCCCAGGCCGGGGGAUACCCGCCCCAAGCCGGAGGAUACCCGCCCCAAGCCGGGGGGUACCCACCCCAGGCAGGUGGCUACCCGCCCCAAGCUGGGGGGUACCCACCCCAGGCAGGUGGCUACCCUCCCCAGGCAGGCGGUGGCUACCCUCCUCCCACUGGAGGCUUCCCACCUCAGGCUGGAGGAUACCAACCACAGCCUGGAGCAGGAGGAUAUCCAUCCAUGCCUCAAGCAGGUGGUGGCUGGGGGGCAGCACCAGGGGGCUUUGGUGCGCCAGGAGGGGCUCCACAGGGAUACCCAGGGGGCGCCGCACCAGGCCAGCAACCCAUGCCUAACUACCCCAGUGGAGGCCCUGGCACCAACCCCCCGAUGCCUGGGUAUGGAAGCGGGGUUCCAUCCAACCCUCAGGCCCCAGCCAUACCUAAAGGCUAUAGGGGUUCUAUAAAAGACUUCCCCGGGGCUGACCCUCUAAGGGAUGUGGAGGUUCUUCGGAAAGCCAUGAAAGGAUUCGGCACUGAUGAAAACGCCAUCAUUGAGCUUCUGGGCAGCCGCACCAACAAGCAGAGGGUUCCCAUGGUAGCAGCCUACAAGACAACUUAUGGGAAGGAUUUAGUCCACGAUCUGAAAUCGGAGCUGACUGGAAACUUUGAGAAGCUGGUUCUUGCGAUGGUGAUGAGUCCUGCACGCUUUGAUGCGUUUGAGCUCAGAGAAGCCAUCAAGGGUGCAGGAACAGAUGAGGCUUGUCUCAUUGAGAUCCUCUCAUCUCGCUCCAAUGCAGAGAUUCGUGAAAUUGCUUCUAUUUACAAAUCUGAGUACGGGAAAACCCUGGAAGAUGCCAUCAACAGUGAUACCUCCGGUCAUUUCCGCCGGCUACUGGUUUCCCUCUGCCAGGGCAAUCGCGACGAAAGGGAAACCGUUGACAUAUCCCUCGCCAAACAGGACGCUCAGAAACUGUAUGCCGCCGGAGAGAACAAAGUGGGCACAGAUGAGUCUCAGUUCAAUGCCAUCCUCUGCGCUCGCAGCAAGCCUCACCUGCGGGCAGUGUUCCAGGAGUACCAGCAGAUGUGCGGUAGGGACAUCGAGAAGAGCAUCUGCAGGGAAAUGUCUGGUAAUGUGGAGUCGGGCAUGGUGGCUGUCGUGAAAUGCAUCAAGAACACCCCCGCCUACUUUGCAGAGCGCCUCCACAAGGCCAUGCAGGGCGCCGGGACCAAGGACAGGACCUUAAUCCGCAUCAUGGUGUCCCGCUCCGAGAUGGACAUGCUGGACAUCAGACAAGUGUACGUGAAGACGUACGGGAAGUCGCUGUACACUCACAUCUCUGGCGACACUUCUGGGGACUACAAGAAGCUGCUGUUGAAGCUUUGUGGCGGUAACGACUAAAAUGGACAUAAAUACGUGUCCACUCUACGUAUGUGUAGAAAGUCCUCACCUCCGGGGGCAUGUAGACUACCUACAAUAUGUGUGUUUUAUUCACGCUCACUCACAUUUACUCGUCGUUGAUUUUGCUUCUUUGUUGUAGCCAAUGCUUGCCAAAUAGCCUAUACUCCACACAUAGAUGACACGAUUACCAAAUAUGAAGAUAACGUGUGCCAUGCCAGACAUUUUAUGCAAACUAAUAUCCUUUAACACUGUGUAAUCAAUGAAUGUCUAACACUGUGUCCCCAUAUUAACUCUUAAGCUAAAACAUAUAGAUUUUAGACCUAAAAUGUUACCUUUAUAUACAUAAAAAUAGGGAUGCUCCGGUCAGGGUUUUAUGCUACUGAUACCAAUACUGAUACAUGAUAGUGUAAGUGUAAAUGAGAGCUACUUUUACAAAACUAAAAUGGGAAAUAUUUUUAUUUUCAUAUCUUAUUUUCAAGCCAAACAAAGCCAAAAUUCUUGUUUUACCAGAACAUGAACAAAAUGCUGGUAUCCACAACUCCAUUUUUUUUUAAAUUUAUAAAAUGAUAUGAAAGGGGAACCAUAAAACACAGCUUAAAAAGGCUCAAAACAAAUAAAAUAGCUUAAAGCAAAACACUGAUUGGAUCAAGUAAACCAACAAAAUACUCCCAGGGCAUGGUCUCUCAGCCUACAUGUUACUUCAUCAAAAUGAUACUUCAUGCGUGUACUGUAUUUUCUGGACUAAUUUAAGUCACACAAGCCACAAAUGUUCAAUGAAGAAGCAAAAAAAAGCAUAAUUUGCAAAGCAAUAGAAGUCAAAAAUUAUUUGAUAAAAUCAGACACCAAGAACAGACCAUUCAUCUACUAAUAACAAUAAAACAAAGAACAACGGGCAUUUAUUAACAUUACAUAUUAAGUUAUUCAGAUAACUACCGCCUAAACAACAUAACUACUUUACUUACUUAGAAUUUAGCAAACAAAAACCUCAAUAAACAUAUAUCAGAGACUCUCACAUUGUACUUAAUCAGAAGGAUACCUCAUAAAUGUAUGGGUAAUACACAUCGGCUGUGCAGCAAGUGCUAACCUGAAUACGUGUAUCACAACAACUCAUACUUUACUUCAACCAAAAGAACACUUCAUAAAAGUGCCUUUGUGGUUUUCUUACUAGCAAACAUUAGCAUCGAUCGCAUCUAGCGCCUUCACAUAAACGCCUCGCACCCGCUACAUGAGGUGAUACAGGUAUGGAUCUCUUACUUGAUUCAUAGUGUGUAUUUUGUUGUACUUUAUACUUUUCUGAUGAAGCCAGUUAAUUCCCUGUCUCCACUGCCAACUGAAAAACAAAAGUGUUUAAUAUACAAUAUAUACAAAUAAUUAUAUAAAAUUGAAUAAUUAUGUGGGGUAAAUCAUUUUAGGACUUUUUGCGGCAUGAACAAUAUGUAAAGUUAAUGUUUGUUUACUAACCUGAGAUAUAUUCCUGCCUGUAAACUAUGCAAACUAACCACUGUUUAUAAGUACAGCCUCCAUUCCAUCCUCAUAGAAAAACAAUCCAAUAUAAAUGAAUGUACGCUCAUCUCAUCUCAAAAGCAGAUUAGUGUAAUAUCUCAUUAAUAAACAUUACAUUUUAUUUUUACAACAUGCAGGGGCCCAAGAACUGCACUUUGGACACCCCUUGUUGUAGUCAAUGUACUAUCUAAUCAGUGGCCUUAUCCGGUGCAUACCCGUUUCUGCCACUAGAGGGCCCUGUGCUCAUAAAGUAUUAUGAGCUUAUAAGUUGACUGAAUGUAUAAUAUCUCCAAAUCAUUUCAACAUGCAAAAAAAAAAAAAACCUGUUAGUCAUUUCAAUUAAAAUGAAACCACGCUUUA